UCCAAGGGAGGAGAGAGGGGAAGAAGUCAGUCCCCAGGUCUGUCCAAUCCAAAAGCUGAGUUCUAACCCGCGCUUCAGCCCUCCCCGGAGAUCACGGAAGUACCAAGCUCACGUUGAUUCACAGCGUUUUUUCCUUGGGGAAACUACUCCCGGCUGUCAUCCGAAUAACAGAAUAAGCAGAACAAACGGCUUUAGUUUUAAACAGACAGCACUUUGGCCAAAGUCAAUAUUCUGUUUAGAGAAUUUGGUCCAUUUUUUAAAAAGACAAAUAUUACCUUCUUUCGCUCUUCGGCUUUGGGAAAUAGCUCAAGUGUCUACAGUAUACUAACAAGAGCAGAGCAUGGCCAAGCGAGUGGCGGUGAUCGGGGCAGGCGUGAGUGGCCUGUCCUCCAUCAAGUGCUGCCUGGACGAGGCCCUGGAGCCCACCUGCUUUGAACGAAGCAGUGACUUCGAGGGACUGUGGAAGUUUACUGAAGAUUCCAAGGAUGGGGUGACCAAGGUCUACAAGUCAGCAAUGACACACAUUUGCAGAGACUUCCCUUUCCAAGAAGAUUACCCCAAUUUCAUGAACCAAGAGAAAUUUUGGAACUAUCUCCAAGAAGUGGUUGAGCAUUUUGGCCUCCUGAAAUACAUUCGGUUUAAGACCACAGUGUGCAGCAUCACCAAACGCCCAGACUUCUCUGAAACUGGUCAGUGGGAUGUUGUCACGGAGACGGAGGGCUGGCAGGACCAAGCUGUCUUUGAUGCCAUCAUGGUUUGCACUGGACGCUUCCUGAAUCCCAAUUUGCCUUUGGAGUCAUUUCCUGGAAUCCGUGACUUCAAAGGACAGAUCCUACACAGUCAGGAGUACAGGACCCCCGACGCCUUUCAGGGCAAACGUGUCUUACUGAUGGGUCUUGGCAACACUGGAGGGGACCUGGCAGCCCAGGUACACCACUCCUGAGGAGGCCUGCUCCUCUCCCGACUUCCUUCUCAGGUGCUCCUCAGCAUGACAACCGGCAUGUGGGUCAUCAGCCGCAUCUCAGACUGGGGUUACCCUACAAAUAUGACCCCUACGAGGUGGCAGUCCUUCACCAAGAAAACGAUGCCUGCGUCCAUCCUCAGCUGGAUGCAGGAGAGAAAGAUGAACAGAAGAUUUAACCAUGAAGAUUAUGGAUUAAGUAUUGCAGAAGGAAAAACUCCGAAAUUUAUUGUGAAUGAUGAGCUUCCAGCCUGCCUCCUCUGUGGGACGGUCACUAUGAAAACCAGCGUGAAGGAUUUUACAGAAACCUCUGUUGUCUUUGAAGAUGGGACAGUCGAAGCCAACAUCGACUUCACUACUGGAUACAUAUCUUCUUUCCCCUUUUUUGAAGAACCUCUGAGGAGCCUUUGCACAAAGAGGGCCUUCUUAUACAAGCAAGUCUUUCCCUCAGACCUGGAGAGAGCCACGCUCGCCAUCAUUGGCCAUAUCAGCCUUAGUGGGUCCAUCCUCGCAGGCACAGAGCUGCAGGCCCGGUGGGCUACAAGAGUGUUCAAAGGCCUCUGCAAGCUACCUCCACCCCAGAAAUUAAUGGCCGAGGCCAGGAAAAAGGAGCAGCUCAUUGAGAGGGCUGUGAUUAAAGAUCCCGCUCAAAGAAAGACCGACUACAUUUAUUACAUGGAUGACAUUGCCACAUGCCUUGGCUCGAAACCCAACAUCCCGUUUCUGUUCCUCACGGAUCCCAGACUCGCCUGGGAAGUUUUCUUUGGACCAUGUACCCCUUAUCAAUACCGCCUAAUGGGCCCUGGGAAAUGGAAUGGAGCCAGAAAGGCUAUCCUGACCCAGUGGGACAGGACCCUGAAACCUUUAAAAACGCGAAUCGUCCCCGGCUCCCCCAAGCCCCAUUACUUGCUAGCUUGGGGAGCACCUGUCCUCGUUGCCUCUCUUCUACUUAUCUAUAAAUCCUCACUCUUCCUUAAAUUGGUGCCAAGCAAACUGCAUGAUAAAAUCUCCCCUCGCCUAGUGCUGCUGUGCUCUGGGUACACCCCCUGAAAUCUAUGCGGUGUUGGAAGUGGGGAGCUUUUAACAGGAGGUGUCUGGGUCCUGGGAGUCCAGUCCUCACAGACGGACCAAAUGCUGGAUUCCUUAUCACAAGCAGAUGGUUGUAAAACUGACCUGCUCCGCUUUGGUCCCCUCCUGAUGUAUUUACUUGUCCUUACAUUCCACUCUGCACAAAGCUCUCCCCACCAUGCCCUUCGAUUGUGAAAACCGAAUAAACUUUCCUUGCAGAUUG